CCCACAAACCUCUUCUCUCUCUUCAGUCUUCACAGACUGCAAGAAAGCUAAGUAGGCCCUUUUCAAAACGGCCUCUUAUUACCCGGCCCAAGUGCUUCAUGGGGGGGAGGCUCAGCUCCAAAAGGCUUCUUGGGAACUCCCUGCUCCAAGCAAAGCCUUUAUUAUGCCCACUGCUGCCGUUAUAAACAGCCCCGGCUUCACUCGGCUGAAGGGCUUGGUGGGGGGGGAGGCUCGGCUCCAAAAGGCUUCUUGGGAACUCCCUGCUCCAAGCAAAGCCUUUAUUAUGGCUGCUGCUGCCGUUAUAAACUGCCCCGGCUUCACUCGGCUGAAGGGCUUGGGGGGGGAGGCUCGGCUCCAAAAGGCUUCUUUGGGAACUCCCUGCUCCAAGCAAAGCCUUUAUUAUGCCCGCUACUGCCGUUAUAAACGGCCCCGGCUUCACUCGCCUGAAGGGCUUGGGGGGGGGAGGCUCGGCUCCAAAAGGCUUCUUGGGAACUCCCUGCUCCAAGCAAAGCCUUUAUUAUGGCUGCUGCUGCCGUUAUAAACGGUCCCGGCUUCACUCGGCUGAAGGGCUUGGUGGGGGGGGGAGGCUCGGCUCCCAAAGGCUUCUUGGGACCUCCCUGCUCCAAGCAAAGCCUUUACCGUGUCCACUGCUCCGGUUGUAAAGGGCCUCAUCAGGCAGGGCAAGGUCUUUGCAAGCGAGGCUGAGGGGGGAGCUGCUUGUAUGCAAAUGUGUUUCUUUUGCAGGGACUUUGCUUUGCUGAAAGUUGUAUCUUCCUCUUCUUUCCUUCCUGUUUUCUUUCUUUCUCUUUUUACCUUCCUUCCCAUAUUCUUCCUGCCUUUCUUCUUCCUUUCUUGUCUUCCCUUUCUUUCUUUCUUUUUUUCUUUCUUUCUUUGUCUUCCCUUUCUUUGUCUUUUCUUUCUUUCUUUCUUUCCCCCUCCCUCUCUCUCUCUACCUCUCUCAAUAAGCAAACAAUCUGGACUCUGACUGACUGCUCCGCGCUUCCUGCUCCCCCUCCCCCCGCACACAAGUAAACUGCAUGCAAAAAUCCCACAGGAUCUACCAGCAGUGUUUUCACUCCUAAGUCAGUGUAUGUCUGUGCACACGCACAAACUUAAAGGGAGGCUUCCAAACCUGACGUGCAUACACAUGUGGAUGUCUGCAACUGUUCGUUGCAAAAAAUAGGAAAAAAGGGGGAAAAGUGGACAUGACUAUUUAAAGACCCCCACUUGUCUGCACAGGCUUAAGCAGGAGGCUGGAGUAGAAGAUCUCCAAGGUCCCUUCCAGCUCUAUUCUAUUCUAUAUGCAGGAGCUUAUUGUAAUCAUUGCACCCCCUUACUCGAAUAUAACCCUUUCUACCUGCAUACAGCCUUUUCUUCAGGAGCACCCCUGAAUAUCAUAUGUCUUGCAUCGCACAGGGAACUACAUGCCGUUUUAGUUGCAAUGUGUAAUUUCCACUUUCUCAUCCUGAUUACUAACUUAUUGACUGCAGUAAUUCACUUAGCAAUGGUGGUAAGAAAGGUCACAAAUGGGGCAAAACUCAUUAAAUGUCUCACUUAACAACACAAAUCCAACUCAUCCAAAUAAAAUGGCUUAACAAGAAGGUAUUCGUCUCUUUACAGUGAUUUGUUGAACACUGCUGGAAUACUUUUCUGAAUAAAGAAAAAGAAAGCCGGUUGGUUAAUUCUGCAGGUCCUUGUCCUACUUUCCAAUAGGCCAACCAUGGAUAAAUCAUGCAAGAAAAGAAAAAUUUCAGAAGAAAACAGAGUGUUUAAUGAUACAUGGGCACAUUCAUUUGCUUUCACAACUGACAAGACUGGUUUACCAGUAUGUUUAAUAUGUAAUGAGAAAUUGGCAAACAACAAAAAGUCGAAUGUUGCAAGACAUUUCCAGAAUAAACACGCAGCCUUUGCUGAAAAAUACCCGGAUGGAGAUGAGAGAAAAAAAGCCGUUUCGGAAUUGAUGUGGAAGGUUGAUCUGAGCAAGAAUCAUUUUCAGAAGUGGGUGAAGUCUGCAAAUUCGACUACAUAUGCUAGUUUUGUGGCCGCUCAGGAAAUAGUCAGACAUGGGAAGCCAUUCACAGAUGGAGAGUAUAUCAAGGAAUCAUUCAUUAAGAUUUCAGAACAUCUAUUCUCGGACUUCAAAAACAAGAGUGAAAUUGUGCAGAAAAUCAGAGAUAUGCCUCUCUCUGCGAAGACUGUCAAAGAUCGAACCAUAAAAAUGGCAGAAAACAUCACCGGACAGCAAAUUAAAGACAUCAAUUCAGCUGAGGCGUUCUCAAUUGCCUGUGAUGCAUCCAAAGACAAAAAUGAUAUUGAACAAAUAGCGCUGUUCUGCCGAUAUGUGAACUCUGCUGGGCCACAGGAAGAAAUGAUUGAGUUGAUACCACUAAAAGGCCAAGCACGGGGAGAGGACAUCUGUGAGGCUGUCUUAGAUUAUUUAAGAACCAAUGAAAUAAACACCACCCACCUGGUGUCAGUGGCUACUGAUGGGGCACCAAGUAUGACAGGAGCACACAAGGGCUUUGUGGCUUACUGCAGAAGUCGCUGGGUAGAAAGCUGCUAACAUUUCACUGCAUUCUUCACCAAGAGGCGUUGUGCGCUCAAACAUUUCCUCCGGAAUGCACAGAAGUGAUGAAUGUUGUCAUUCAGAUUGUCAAUAAAAUAAUGGCACAAGGUUUAAAUCACCGUCAGUUCCAUUUGCUACUAGAGGAGGUGGAAAGCACAUAUUCUGAUCUCCUGCUGCACAACAAAGUCCGGUGGCUGUCCAGAGGGGAGGUGCUAAAACGCUUUGCUGCAUGUCUGGAAGAGGUGAAAACUUUCUUGGGCAGCAAAGGGCUCACCUUUCCUGAGCUGGAACAACCAGAGUGGCUGGAAAAGCUACACUUCAUGGUUGAUAUGACAGCACACCUGAACACACUGAACACAAUUCUUCAGGGUAAAGGAGGCACAGCCCUGCACAUGCUGGAGGAAGUUUUGGCAUUUGAGCGCAAGUUGACAGUGUUUGGCAGAGAUUUACAGAGAGGUACACUGUGUCACUUCCCCUCUUUGCGACAGUUCAAAGAAGGUAACAAUACGAUAAAUUCAGAGUAUUUGCAGUCUGCAAUCAUUGCAAUGCAGACAUCAUUUGGGAAGCGAUUCUGUGAGUUCCGAAAAGAAAAAACCACAUUAUCUUUCCCUGUCACUCCCCUGGCCAGCGAUCCAUCUGCAUUUAAUAUGACUGCAUUUGCAGGGGUAAGUCAACCCAACUUGGAGAUGGAACUUGCAGACAUAGCCGACAAAGAUAUAUGGGUGUCCAAGUUCCAACGCUUGAGAGAUAAUCUUGAAGAUGUUGCCCAUCAGAAGGCCAAUCUUGCGCUGAAUCACAAAUGGAGUGACAUUGAAAACCUUCCCAAACAGGACAAACUUAUAUUCAACACAUGGAAUACCAUCCCCAGCACUUACUCAAAUAUGAAAAAAUACGCAUUUGGAGUCCUGUCGAUCUUUGGAUCCACAUACGUAUGUGAACAGGUCUUUUCAAACAUGAAUUACAUUAAAAACAAAUAUCGUUCACGCCUCACAGACAAUAGCCUGCAAUCUUGUCUAAAGAUGAAGGUGACGUCUUACAGCCCUGAUGUUCAGAUGCUGUGUGCUGAUGUUGAGAAGCAAAAAUCACAUUUACCAGCUGACUGCAUGCUCCAAUACAAACAGAUGGACUGGCGGAUGGGCAGAUGGACAUACAAGUGGACGGACGGGCAGAUGGACUGACAGACGGGCAGAUGGACUGAUGGAGAGGCAGACAGAUGGACAGACUGACGGACAGGCAGAUGGACUGAGGGAUGGGCAGAUGGACUGAUGGAGAGGCAGACAGACGGACAAGCAGACGGACUGGUGGGCGGACAGAAUGGAUGGAAUGAAAGAAGCACAGCAUUCUGGGUUUGCUGCAGGCGGAUAAGUUAAGUUUGGCUUUUUAUUUCAUAAAUAUGAGGACUCAAAUAGCUGUUAUUGUAUUUGAAAGUAACCUGCAACCCAGAGUCUUCUUUUUUGGAGUUCAAAAUGUUUUUUGUUGCAGGUUGAAAUAAAAAUUGACUAUUAUUUUGCAAAUAUAUAUUUGACGUUCAGUGAAAUAAUUCUUUUUUAAUUCAUUGUCAGCUGACUGCACGCUCCAGUACAGACAGAUGACUGGCGGAUAGGCAAAUGGACUGGCGGACGGGCAGAUGGAUGGACGGACAGAUGGGCAGAUGGACGGGCAGACGGAUGGACGGGCAGACAGAUGGACGAUCGGUCGGAUCGGCAGAUGGACUGGCGGGCGGGAAGAUACGCGGACAGACGAGCGGUAUGACAGAUGGGUGGAUGGACGGACCAAUGACAAGCAGACAACGUUUGGGUUUGCUGCAGACGGAUAAGAUGGAUAAUUGUACUUUUCCAAGAUACAGUGACAAUGACAUUGUGGUACACAUUCGCAACUCUUUAUUGAGUGGAAAUGAAGCUAAAAUUUUUUCAAAGAGUGAUUUAUUUCCGAACGUAAAGCCUGAAAUAUUGCAUAUGAUUUUCAUGAGAGCUUUGCAAAGUGUAUAUGGAAUCCGUAUGGAACAUUUUUACAUGAUGCCAGUGACAUUUGAAACAGCAUAUCCUCAGAUUUUUGAAGGCUUUCUACCCAUAGGAAAUCUAUUUAUUAAUAUGGAGCGAUUUCUCCCGAUCUGUCGUGUCAAUGACUUCCAGAUUGCAGACAUUAUAAAUCCAAAAGCAAAGAGGACAACUCGGUUUUUGAGUGGUAUUCUUAAUUUUCUAUUCUUCUGUAACUCACGGCGUGAAGUCUACUUGGAAAUCCAGAGUGCACAUAAAACAUCAAUGGAGAAAGAGCAACAACUUCAGGUGGCAAUCCAGGAUGCAACACUGAAGCUUGAAAAGAUGGAUAUUAUUCCUUCAGACCAACAAGUAGAAUUCAAGGAGCUGUCUCAAGAAAUUCAAGAACUACAGAAUAAACUCAACCAAGAAUAUCGGCAGAAAACAAAUGUUUUGCAAGAAGUGAUCCACCAAAAAAGAAUGAAAAUUGCAGAAAAAAAUCAAAAUUUA